CCUGGUUAUAUAUGAAAUUAAAUGUAGAUGUGUUUGUAGCAUUUAAAAACAUUUGCUGAAAUUCAUCCUGAUUUUUGUCAGGGUUACAGAGACUUUGUUCCCAGAACUGUCAUGGAUUGGCUGUUCUUGUGAUGAUUGUUUUCCCCAUUGCACUGUCACCCUCUGUCUACAAAAGGGGACAUGAGAAAGGCAAGCAUCAGUGCUGGGAAACUGGUAAGGAGGCCAGUAUCAGGCCUGGCAGGUACAGUUGUGUGGAACUGAGGCAUAGUCUGAGAAGCAUGCACUCAUCUCACUUCUGUUCUGCAUUGGAUGUCAUCAGGUGCUGCCCUCUGGGGAGGUGGGUGAGUACAGUGAAUAGUACCAAGACCUGAUGCAAUCAGGUAGUAGUACAACAGUGGACUUUUUUCUACUAGCUUAAGAAAACCUUCAGUGAAUUAACCUAAAAUUCUUAUUUGUUGCUAAUUAACUUUUGAGAAAUUUGCACAUCCUGUCCUUCUAAGGCUCAUUGAUGGCUCUUUCUUUGUGUAGUCUGUUGUCCUUGAAGGACCACCAUAGUUUUGUUUGAAUGUGACUGUAAGAAAUCUGUUUUUAAAAAAAGUAUGUUUCAGAGAAUCCUCUGGGUCUUAAUAUUGCUGUAAUGGUUAGGCUCUGAAUUUUGCUGUGAAAAUAAAGCAGUGUGGCUGCUAUUCUUUUGUUUUAGAGUCAAUUUAGAAUUUUUAUCUCGUCUAAUAGGAGCCAUUUCCUAUGUCUCACAAGUCUUUCCCACCCCUUCCAGGCUGAAUUCUUUCCACACAUGUAGUUCAUGAUUUGUUGCCAGAUACUCUGCAUGGGGUGAUGGGAUUCUCUAAACAAAUCUGCCUGCCCCCACACCCCCAGGACACACACCCUCUUGACAUUUAAAAGUGUUCAUUCUGAACUAUAAGAUACCUGAGUCUUAUUUUUGUGUGUAGCCUUUAUUAUCGUAAAACUCAGAUCCAUUGGCUUUCUUUUUUCCAUGUCUGUUUAACAAUAAGAUUUGGUGAUUGACAAGGGGGGGGCGAAGUAUUGAUAUGGGGAGUAUAAUAUGGCUGAGAUAGAGAAACAGCUAAACCAUGAAGACAUUGUUUACAAAGAUCCACUUAGGGAAGUUUUUGGAUUAUGAAUAUAAAAGGUAGUCAGCUUUUGUCAGUUGUUCAGUGAUUGAGACUCUGGACAAUCAGGUACAUAUUCUUCUGAAAUUAGAUAUGUUUUACAAAUAUGCACAGAAAAUGGGUUCAACUUUUUGUGACUAUAGGAGAAAAGGUGUGCUUAGAUGUGAUAAACUUUUUUUAAAGUACAGAUCAUGAGGAGAUAAAAUGUGGAGGAAGCCUUGCUGAUAUUUGUAGAAAUGUAUAACUUAAAAACUUCUUAGUCUAUCAAGGCUUAAAAGGUAGAAUUGUGUGGAUUUUCUAAUGUAUCUGGUAGUAGCAGUGUUUGUUUAAAGGUAUUCAGAAAAUCAGAGUGCAAAUAAUACAUUUUAGCAGGUUAAAUUUAUAAAUUUCAUCUUCCCCAGUUUUGGCAAGUUGCCUUUCAAAUAUAAGGAUUAAUUUACACCAACCAGGACGCCUUCCUUGUAUGACCAUAUUAGAUGAAAUUAGACUCCACCCCUUGUUUUCUGUUGAUCUGCCAGGACCUUUGUAAUUCAAGUGCUUUUUACAGUAGUAGCAAAUGUUACAUAAGACCAAACAUGGAGCAUAUUUCAACUUGGUGGGCAGACCCAAAUCAUGAUGGAAGCCUUCAGUAGCAAGUGUGCAAUUAAGCACAGCCAAAUUAUGUGAAUGGAAGGUAACAAGAAGCCUCUCCAGAGCAGCCCUUCCUCCGCACCAGGGCUGAAAGCUCCACUGGAAAGAAGACAUAGCUCAUCCAGCAAGCCUCCGUUGGCCGUUCCUCCCACGUCAGUAUUCUCCUUCUUCCCUUCUCUGUCCAAAAGCAAAGGCAGCAGUGCUGGUGGAAGCAGCCACUGUGCCAGCGGAGGUGUUCUCAGCACAUCCUCAUUAAGUUCCAAGCUGUUGAAAUCGCCCAAAGAGAAACUACAGCUCAGGGGGAACACCAGGCCAAUGCAUCCCACUCAGCAGAGUCGAGUCCCCCAUGCUAGAAUCAUGACGCCCUCUGUUAAAGUGGAGAAAAUUCAUCCGAAGAUGGAUGGCACACUACUGAAAUCUGCGAUGGGGCCAACCUGUCCUGCUACUGUGAGUUCCUCAGUCAAGCCUGGCCUUAACUGCCCCUCAAUACCAAAGCCAACCUUGCCUUCACCUGGACAAAUUCUGAAUGGCAAAGGGCUUCCUACACUGCCCACUCUGGAAAAGAAGUCUGAAGAUAAUUCUAAUAACAGGAAAUUUUUAAAUAAGAGAUUAUCAGAAAGAGAAUUUGAUCCUGACAUACACUGUGGGGUUAUUGAUCUCGACACCAAGAAGCCCUGUACCCGGUCUUUGACGUGCAAGACACAUUCCUUAACCCAGCGGAGGGCUGUCCAGGGUAGAAGAAAACGAUUUGAUGUGUUAUUAGCCGAGCACAAAAACAAAACCAGGGAAAAGGAAACGAUUCGCCAUCCGGACUCUCAGCAACCAAUGCAGCCUCUCAGGGACCCGCAUCCCGCCCCUCCUAGAACUUCACAGGAGCCACACCCAAACUGUCAAGGAGUGACUCCUUCCGAAUCAAAGCCUUUUGUAGCUAGUAAACCUAAACCUCACACCCCCAGUCUUCCAAGGCCUCCAGGCUGCCCUGCUCAGCAAGGUGGGAGUGCCCCCAUUGACCCUCCUUCAGUCCAUGAAUCUCUACACCCUCCCCUGCCUGCCACUGAGCCAGCUUCUCGGUUAUCCAGUGAGGAGGGAGAAGGCGAUGACAAAGAAGAAUCUGUUGAAAAACUGGACUGUCAUUAUUCAGGUCAUCAUCCUCAGCCAGCAUCUUUUUGCACAUUCGGGAGCCGGCUGAUUGGAAGAGGCUAUUAUGUGUUUGACUCCAGGUGGAACAGGCUUCGCUGUGCCCUCAACCUCAUGGUGGAGAAGCAUCUGAACGCACAGCUAUGGAAGAAAAUCCCACCAGUGUCCAGUAUCACGUCCCCCGUCUCUACACGUGUUCCUCACCGGACAAACUCAGUGCCCACGUCACAAUGUGGGGUCAGCUGCCUGGCAGCAGCCACUGUGUCUACAUCCCCAGUCCUGCUCUCAUCCACCUGCAUCUCUCCAAACAGCAAAUCGGUACCAGCUCAUGGAACCACCCUAAAUGCACAGCCUGCCACGUCCGGAGCAAUGGAUCCUGUGUGGAGUAUGCAAUCCAGACAAGUGUCCUCCUCAUCCUCAUCCCCUUCCAUGCCCUCUGGCCUUUCCUCAGUCCCCUCCUCCCCUAUGUCCAGGAAACCUCAGAAGUUGAAAUCCAGCAAGUCUUUAAGACCCAAGGAGUCUUCUGGUAAUAGCACUAACUGUCACAACACCAGUAGCAGUACCAGCGGCACCUCAGGAAAGAAACGCAAAACCAGUUCUCCACUGUUAGUUCACUCUUCUUCCUCCUCUGCCUCCUCUUCUUCUUCUCAUUCCAUGGAGUCUUUUAAGAAAAACUGUGUGGCUCACUCUGGGCCUCCCUACCCUUCCACGCUAACAUCUUCCCAUGGCAUGGGCCUCAAUUGUGUGGCAAAUAAAGCGAACUCAGUGAGUGUCCGGCACGAGCAGUCAGGGAGGGCUGCCCCUGGAGGGAGCCCUGCUGAGUCCAUCAAGAGGAUGAGUGUGAUGGUGAACAGCAGCGACUCAACGCUUUCUCUUGGCCCGUUCAUCCACCAGUCCAGUGAACUGCCCAUCAACUCCCAUAGCAGUUACUCACACUCACACACUCCUCUGGACAAACUCAUAGGAAAGAAAAGAAAGUGCUCACCCGGUUCAAGUGGCAUCAGCAACAACAGCAGCAAACCCACAAAAGUUGCCAAAUUGCCAGCCAUGAACAACGUCCACAUGAAACACAUGGGCACCAGCCCAGGGACACAAGGACUGACGAACAGUUCCUUCCUUCAUCAGGAUAUCUCCUCACCUUGCUUACGAAAAGGAAUUUCAGCAGCAUCACUCCCGAGCCCAGAUUUAAAAUCCAAAGACACGUCCCUGACAACUGAAAAUAGCAUGGGGAGGAAUAAUCUGGACACUUUCGACGACAAGUUACACCUCCACUCAGCACUCUGGACUCCAAGAUGCCUUUGAGUCUGUUUUCCCAACCUCCUGUGGGCCUCAAAGAUAGAGAUCUGCCGGGCUGUUGUUUUAACCAGGAUUUCCCUGAAGCUUUGUCUGUAGCAGUGAGUAUUCGUAAAGGACACUGGAUCAGGUUCAGCCACCAAAUUGCUUCUAUCAGUGUUAAAGUGGUCUGGACUGCUUGUUACCAAUCUGUGAGACAUUUUUGUUUUGUUUUUUAACUUGCAGUAUAUCACGGAGCCACUCUUUAAGUAGAUUGGCUGGGUUGAGUGUUUUGGUAAGAACAUUACUGUAGAAUUUUCUCCCUUCCUCCUCUCUCCACCCCAGUUCUUUUUACACUGUCUUCUGCAGGUCACUGUCUAGAGUUAAGGUGUCACCCUGCUAGAUAGCUGACCUGGCUGAGGCUCCCUGAACUAGGGAAUGAAUGCAGUGGAACAUGCUGUGAAGCCUAGGAGAUAGGGCUGGGUAGUCUGUUCAUGGCCAGAGUUCCCUCUCCCCGAGCAUGGGAACUGCUUUGGGUGUGAGUUUUCACGCGAGUAGGGUCUAGCCUAUUGAACUUGUUCAGUUCUAGCAGGUAGGCACCUUGACUGGAGACACCUUCCAGAGGGGAGACAGGACUGUACCCUGAGCAGCCCUCUGGAGAAGGGAAUCUGCCAUUGGGUUUUUAUGGCCAUGUUUCAGGAAUGGAACAUGUGUGUUAGUGCAAGACAUCAUGACAGAAUAGCCUGUAUUUUUCCCAGCAUUUUGCAAGUCAUUUAGGAUAAGAAGCUGUCAAAAGUUUCAAACUUACAGACUGGUUUAAAGCUACUGAUGCCCAGAGAGCAAGUAUAUACCAUUUUAGAAGCUUACUUUUCAUGGUACAAAAGCGAUUCUGUGUGAUUUACAAAAAAGAAGAAAACUAGUUUGAUAAUGGAAAGCCAAAAUUUUGAAGAGUGGUGGAUAAAAACCACUAUACGGGAAAAAUUUUUUCCAAGAUUUCCAAAGAGGUGGAAAUUUUCUAUCCAUUUAAGUCUUUAUGUUAAACAUUGUGGCAGAUUGGGUUCAUUGUCCUGCCCAGUCCCCUGUUUUCAAAAACUUACCUUUGUAAAGUGAAAUUAUCAGGAUGCAGCAGAAACUGUCAUUCACAAAGUCAUUAAUAUACUUAAAUAUUUCCAAGGCACUCUCCAUACUAUAUCUUCCAACUCCCCUCUGCAUACUGUCCUGGGCUAAGGUAAAUUUCUGCUUUGAGCACUCCCCCAUGUUAUGUGUGUGCACUCCCCCUCCUGCCAUUACAGAUGUUUAUUUGGUUGCCACUGGGGUAGGGAGCAGGCACCUGGGGAGGGAGGGUAGUGAAUCUGUACGGGUACCCAUGAAGAGGGGAUGGAUGCACAUCUAGUAUUUCCCUGACACACCCUCUUUUCUUGGGAUUCAUGCUGGCCAUCUUUCUAAGAGUUUUGGAGACUCCCCAGGAUAUUUUUUUCUAGUUCUCCACCCCAAAAGAAGGAGCUUAAUAUGUUAAAACAUCAUUGCUUGAGAAGGAGUUUGAGGGAUAAGUUGGAGCUUUUGAACAGGUCAGUCAACUGAUCACAGCUCCUGAAACAAGAACCAGGCACGUGUGCUUAGAAGAACACACAGAGUUGCUGAACACAGGAUAAAUUUCCCGGGGCUCUGGUGACCACCCUGGGCAGGGACUGGGCAGGGCCAGUCAGUACAUCCUUUCUUCCCUGCAAUUCUUGGGUUACUUCAGUUUCAGGGAAUUUCAAGUCAACAACAGGUGGGAUGAAUAAAUACUUGGUUAUCAGCCUAAUAAUGUGAAUUGCUACAGAAUUAAUCUUAUGUAAGAAAAAAAUUUUAUGCAGAUACUUUAGCUAUAAAUUGAUGUAAAAUACUGAUUUUUUUAAAAAGGGGAGAACAGUAUCUUGUGCACUUAUUAUGCAAUCAAUCAGUAAAUGUUUUUAAAAUGAUACUGUAGGAGUGCUCAGUAAGGAGAGAGCCUGAGCCUGGGAGGGCAGGUUUGGUGUAGUUAGGAGAAGUCAGUCUGGUUGUUCCAUCCCAGUGGACAAAGAAGAGGAGGUAAGAGGGAAUCAGAACAUAUUCAGUUGAUUCCUCGGUGACAAGUGCAAUGGGGUAUGGGUAGAAUUUAUUUUCAGAGCCAAGGGGAAUUGAUGGUUAUAAAUGAAGUUGCUUUUAGCAGUGGAGUUUAUAGACAGAUCAUGUUGUACCGAAAGAUGUGAAUAGGAUCCACAGUAGCAAGUUGGUUUAGAAUAAUGUAGCUAUAUCUAGAUUAGCGGUGUUGAUUAUUUAAUUUCAUAGACUGAGGUUUUAAUUGGAUUUUAUUAUGUUUCCCGGUAGUACAGAGAGCGUCGGGAUUAGGAAAUUAGCCAUUUUGGAUUCUGCCUGCCACAAACAGACAUAUUCUAAACAGUGCUAUUAAAUUUUAGACUGUUCAAAUAUUUUAUUUUCUCCUACAAUGACUUUUUAUGAUGAUGGACAAUUAAGACCAUUUAAAACAUGGGAAUACAAGUAUUUUUUUUUAAUUAAAUUAACUUGCAAAAACCAAAUUUGCAGUGGUUGGGUUGUUUCUAGACAGACUUUGGUAUCAAUUUAAAACCAAGAUAAUUUUUAUAUUCUUUCCAAUAGAAUUUCAUGACAACUCCUGCAGUUUUCUUAACCUUAAAAAAAGUGCUGCAAUGAUGAACAAAGAAUUAUAGAAAACCUACUUUUGUACCUUUAUUUUGGAAUUUCUUGUUCUAUUAUAAAUAUGGAAGUAUCCCUAUCUCAGAAGACAUAUUUUGUUAAAAAUGAAUUGUACAUAUUUAAAUAUGUAUUUUUGCACAGGUCUUUUUUUCUGAUAUCCUGUUUUGGUACAAUUGAGAUCAUCUAGUAUUUAUUUAUUAAUUAAUAAAAGUAAAUACCUUUUUAUAAUUUGAAGUGGUUCACUGCCAAGCCAAUAGUUCUAGAACCUGCCUCCUUUACAGUUUAAGGGAUGCCUCUGUUCUGUGAAAGUCUUUUUUGUCCCUUUAGCGUCUCGGGAGUGGAUUCAUACAGAUGAAGUGGGCAUUGCUUCUCCCUAGUUGCCUGGUUUCUUGAUAGACAGCAUGUAACUAAGUGACACACUGCUUUUCUUUUGUUUUAUGUGAGAGAGUGUAUGUGCGUGCGCCUGCGUGUUUGUAUGUGUACCCUCUGAGCACAUGUGUGUUGGUAUGUGAUAUGGUUUAAAACUAAUGGAAAAAAAAACUGAAAGUGCCUGAACCUAAUUUUAAGCAUAGACAGACUCUCUUUAAAAAGACUUGAAUGUUCAGUGGAACUUUUGGAGUUUGCUUUUUCCACCUAAAUACUGUUUCUAAAAAUUUAGGGAACGAGUUGAAAACCACCAAUGCUGGUAAUUUUAUAAGGUGUUUUAAAAUUAAGGCUUUUUGGUUCAUAGUAAUUCAACUGGUGAUGGAUUGCCCAGUGGCACCAAGGGUUACAAAUGUUUGUCAGCCAGCAGCGUACAUGAUGUUUUCCGUUUUGUUAUUCUCUCAUAAAAUACUAAGUUUAAAAUCAAAUAUUUAAAAUUUUUGUAUUCCAAAAAGACAAUACAAAGUACCUCUGAGAACGUUGAAAAAAAUGUAUAAUUUGAAAAUGUAAUUUAUAAAGGCAGCUGUCUUCCUGCAAGAGUUCUGUUGCCAAGGAAUUUCUUAAUAUCUUUCAUUCUGUCCUGGGGAAAAUGUUGAGCUUUGGAAAAUGAUUGUUAAAAGUUUCAUUGUUUAGAAGAAAAUAAUGAUUUUUACAUGUUGUGCAAAACAUUUUACAUUCUCAGAUCAUUUAAAUGAGCACUACAUACUGUCAGUGUGAAUGUAGGGGCUUGAAAGCAUUUUGCUGGGGUUUUUUGUUUUGUUUUUUUGUUUUGUUUUGUUUUUUGAGCUUGAUUAUAAAAGCAAUCUCCUGUGUUAAAGUGUGUGAAUAGUUUGAUAAUUUGUACACAUAAUCAAGAGCAUCUCAGCUGGACUUUGUGUUGGCUGCUGUAUAGAACAUGAACAAAUGUCAAGGGAUAGAAAAUUACUUUGGAUAUUUAAAAGAGAAGAAAUAUAUAGUCUAUUUGUUUUGUAACAGGUUUCUGUAAAUAAAAUAAUUUAUACUAUUUAUAAGAAAAAGUUGUGCUUUGCUUUAUGAGAAAUUAGUCUGUGGAACAAACAUGUUACUAAACGGGCAAUAAAAUUAGGACUUCUCAAUAAAUAAGG